AUGGGACAUGUGUGGAUGCGUGACGGAGGUUGUGGGCUAGGGAUGGGACAUGUGUGGAUGCCUGACGGAGGUUGUGGGCUAGGGAUGGGACAUGUGUGGAUGCGUGACGGAGGUUGUGGGCUAGGGAUGGGACAUGUGUGGAUGCCUGACGGAGGUUCUGGGCUAGGGAUGGGACAUGUGCGGAUGCCUGACGGAGGUUAUGGGCUAGGGAUGGGACAUGUGCGGAUGCCUGACGGAGGUUGUGGGCUAGGGAUGGGACAUGUGUGGAUGCGUGACGGAGGUUGUGGGCUAGGGAUGGGACAUGUGUGGAUGCGUGACGGAGGUUGUGGGCUAGGGAUGGGACAUGUGUGGAUGCCUGACGGAGGUUGUGGGCUAGGGAUGGGACAUGUGUGGAUGCGUGACGGAGGAUGUGGGCUAGGGAUGGGACAUGUGUGGAUGCCUGACGGAGGUUGUGGGCUAGGGAUGGGACAUGUGUGGAUGCCUGACGGAGGUUGUGGGCUAGGGAUGGGACAUGUGUGGAUGCCUGACGGAGGUUGUGGGCUAGGGAUGGGACAUGUGUGGAUGCCUGACGGAGGUUGUGGGCUAGGGAUGGGACAUGUGUGGAUGCCUGACGGAGGUUGUGGGCUAGGGAUGGGACAUGUGUGGAUGCGUGACGGAGGUUGUGGGCUAGGGAUGGGACAUGUGUGGAUGCGUGACGGAGGAUGUUGA